CAUCAGCAAAGCUGAGGCAUCCAUCAGCGCCCCGCCCAGCCUGGCUCACCUGACGUCUAAUCCGAGCCUCACACGCGAGCAAGCGGUAUUCGGAAACCACUUGGUAGCCGGACCUACUAUACAUGCCAGCUUCGCAGCUACUACUCAUCAUGAUGCGUUAGAUAACCGUUCCUGUGUCUGAAUCAUCAUCCACACCAUCAUGUCGGUUCCCGCUCACAUCCAAUCCUUCGUCGACGACUUCUACGCCAAGUCGGACGCGCGGGACAAAGCGGCCUGGGUCGACUGCUUCACCCCCGACGCUAACCUCGACCUGGCUGGCAAGGUCGGCAAGGGGUCCGAGGGCAUCGGCAAGGUGUGUGACGGUGUGUGGGAGGGCCUCGCGCGCCGUCAACACCACGUGCACGGCAUCUACAUCAACCCCGCGGUGGAAAACGAUGUUGUAGUGCUCGGCAGCAUCGAUAUGGACCGCAAGGACGGCAUCGAGAUCCGCGGCGUCGAGUGGGGCGGUCGCAUGCAGCUCAAGGACGGCAAGCUCGCUGACUACAAGGUCUGGGUGCUGCCUCCUCCGGCCAAGUCCGGCUAAGUCUUGUGGUCUGUAGCAUCCGAUGCAGGAGAAGCAGUGGAAUUGCC